AUGUCUCAAGAACUUCUGAGCAACGAAGAGUUCCUCUCCCGCCUCGCGCAACUCUUCACCGCAACGCACAGCAAGGCCCAUGGCUCCGUGUACCUGACUCAAAAGCCUCUCCCUGCGGAAGAAGCCGCGUCUUCGCAAAUCCUGAUCCGCGCCACAAACGGUCUCUCGAAAGAGCACCGUGGCACGCCCAAGUCGAAGAGCACCCCGAAGAAACUCAGACUUGCGACCGUCGUCCAAUCAGCCGACCUGGACACUUUUUACACGCGGUAUGCCGAUGUGUGCAAGAAGGGAAUGGAGGCUUUGAGGAAAAGAGACAAGAAGAAGGCCAAGGAGAAGGCGAAGGCUAAGAAGAAGAACAAAGGGACAAGCGCCGGCGCCGCCGCUGGGAGUGCGCCGAGUUGA